UCCACCCAUCCACCCACCCAUCCAUCCAUCCAUCCACCCAUCCACCCAUCCACCAUGUCGGUAUCGGCCAAUGAGGAGUUCAGCCACUACGUAUGUCGCAUGUGCCCCGAGGCGCUCCAGAGGGCCAGACAGGAGCUUCAUGAGGACCCCGACACAAGGCUACUAGAGGCCAGCACCUUCAAACAGAGGCUGCAGAAAGUGCCGGAUGGCCGAUGUGACGCUCAGACACGCCCGUGAGGUCACGCCCUCCCUAGCCCGCAUGGGGAUGCAACUCAUGCAGGACGUGGCCCCGAUCAGACUGAAGCGGUUGUCCUUUGUCCAUGAGCCCAUCUUCUUCGACCUGCUGUUUACUGUCAUGAAGCCUUUCAUCAAGAACAAGCUGAUGGGCAGGAUUAACCUACUAGGCAAAAAGACAGAAAAACUUCAGUUGUAUUCAGACCCAGACUCCCUGCCUGAAGACCUCGGUGGGAACAUGAAGCCUUUCAGCAACCAGGCUUGGAAUGAUUCGUUCAUGGCUUCUGAGACCCAAUUUUUUGAAGAUAAUGCGUUUGGAUUUGAAGACAAGAAGUCAUCCAAAUAGGAAGCUGUUUGAUGUUAACGUCGCAGGUCAAGAGGCGUCGAGAAGAUUGUUGUGAUCCUGAAACAGACGAGAAAACUUUUUGUAAUGAUGAAAAGAAUAAAGGGGAUUCGUUCACCGCAGCAGAUGAUCCUUCAAGAGCUUUCUGUGCCGCAGAGAAUGAUGUACAGAAAUGUGGGGAGAUGUGGAAGAAUAUAUCUAGAGGCUUGUUCAAGAUAGGGAAAUGUGGAAAGUCUUUGUUCAUGGCUUACUGUACCCUGAUCAAGGGAUAAGAAAGGCGAUGGUGAGGAUGUUCUUGAUGAUGGCAAUGAUGGUGUUCACGUACUGUUGUAUUAGUGUGCCGAUGUACAAGUGUGUACAAGUUGUGGGUUGGAUAAAGAGAUUCCGAGUAUCUCUCGGGCCAAAGCAAGAGUAAAUUGGGUGAAAUGGGUUAAUGUGUACAGGUGUGUGCAAGUUCCGUUCCAAGUUGAAUUAUUCCGAAUAUCUCGCAGGCUAAAAUUGGGUGGAAAGGGUUGAUGAAUACUCAAAUGUCCAUGUCACAAACUGGAUUAAGUGAUUCUUGAUAUCCCGUAUGCGUGCCAACACAGGAGAAAAUGGGUUGAAAGUCGGUUGAAAUACUCAGGCACUCAAUAGUGAGACAGGACUGAAACUGACGCUAUAGCAAAGGCAUUAUGCUACUCGAGGGCAUUUCAUGAAAUAAAAUGUUAGAUCUGUUGCUUCCGGCAGGGCAGGAAACUAUCGAUUUAAUUUUCAAGACGGACAGUUUUGUUUUAAUCAACAAAAAUCAGCUCGCCUCGGGCCACGUUCAUGAUCAAUUCCUGGGUCAACUCACGGGCCAGACGGAACUACUUGUGGGCUGUGUCUGGCCCGUGCGCUGUCGUCUGCUCAUGCAUGGUUUGCUGUUGUAUAUAGUCUAACCAGUCCCCAGGGUUUUAUUCGCCCCGCAUAAUUUAGCAAAGUUUGAUCAUUUUUUACAUAAUUUCUGAUUAUUUCCUAAAUAUCAUUCUGUGUAAAAAUUAACAGUAUCGCUUAAUUUCACAUUUUUGGGCUCAAUUUAAAAUGGCAUAAUUUCAGAAUUUUUUUUGCAUAUAACCGCGGGGACAGUAUAAGCUACAGGAAGCUGUCUGCUCGUAAUUUGGUUGUCAGUCUGUUCUUUUUGUUGCUAUAGCUGCUUCGUCUGCUGCUGCUGUUGUCGCUGUUGUUGUAAGUAUCAGUGGUGAUGAUGAUCUGAGAAAGGUCUAUAUAUGAUAACACAGAAAUAACUCAUGUAGCCAGUGAAGUCAUUCCUGUGUACAGGAACAUUCCCACUGUGUCCAUCCAAAACUGUUAAACAGCUACUGCCAACAGCUGUCAUACAUUAUUCCAAUUGUACAGGUAACCAAGUUCCCAGAUAUUUUAUCACCAGCCUAGUUUAGAAAGAACUUUUAAACUGAAUUCUUAACAAGGUUCCAUUAUCUGUAUAAUUUGGGCGGUCCGGCCCUUUGCGUCACUUUUUAGAAGAAACCACUCACUCUGUAGCUCUUAAAAUUUGAAUGAAAGUAGCAUUCAAUACAGCUAAGAGCAUGAUGCAGCAGUAUUUCCAUGAUUUUUCAGCUAAAGAAUUUAUAAAAUUAUAGGUUUCAAUCGCUGUGUAUGGUAAUGAAAUACUUCAGAAUUAAGAAUUUACUUUCUUAUACCACUUCUUUAAAAAUGUGAGCGACCGUUCUUCAGUUUUGGCUCAAAUCUGUUGGGAUCAAUGCAAGUCAUUUUGUGUUGUGA